AUGUGGUGGCUGGCGUGGGCGGCGGCAGCGCUGCUGUUGAUAAAGACCUUCAACAGGCUGACGACGGGGCGGUGCUACUGCGACACGGUGAUGACGGGCCAGGUCGUCGUGGUGACGGGCGCCAGCGGGGGCAUAGGGUACGAGACCGCCCUGGAGCUGGCGAGGAGGGGGGCGAAGGUGAUAGUCGCGUGCCGCGACGAGGAGCGGGGCAAGAUGGCGGUGCGACAGAUAGUGCGCGAGACGAGGAACAUUCACGUGAGGUUCAUCCGCCUAGACCUCGCCUCCCUGAAGUCCGUCAGGGGCUUCGUGGAGGAGUUCAAGAGGACGGAGGCCAAGCUGGACGUGCUGAUCAACAACGCGGGCGCCAUCUGCCCCCGCAGGACGAUGACGGUGGACGGCAUCGUCAAGGACAUGCAGAUCAACCACUUCGGGCCGUUCCUGCUGACCGUGCUGCUGGUGCCGAUGCUGAGGAGGUCAGCGCCGUCGCGUGUCGUGGUCGUGUCGUCCGCCGUGCACAGGAUCGGCAGGGUGCGCGACGUCAACGACAUCUCCGAGGGAUACUUUCAGGCGUACGCGAACAGCAAGCUGUGCAACGUGCUGUUCAGCAACGAGCUGGCGAGGCGGCUGGCCGGCGGCGGCGUGACGGCCAACAGCCUGAACCCCGGACAGGCCAACACCGCGCUGUACCGGAGCAGCUCCGCGCUGGAGGCGCUCAGGAGCCUGGCGCUGGGCGCCUUCUUCCGGAGCGCGCGCGAGGCGGCCCAGACCGCCGUCUACCUGGCGGUGGCCGACGAGUGCGCCGACGCCAGCGGCGGCUACUUCGAGGAGUGCAGGGAGGCGAGGGCGGCGCCCAGGGCGAGGGACGCCCAGCUGGCGGCCCAAUUGUGGACACUGUCCGAGGAGCUGGUGCGGCUGGCGCCGGAGGAGGCUAUC